ACAGCGAAGGCGGCUGGCGAGCGACGGCGACGGCGACGGCGGGCACAGAUCAAUUAAAAGAAGAAUGAGCUGUAAUCCCUGAAGAUAAAACUGGACAGCUUUUUCAUUUAGUAUAUGUAUAUUUUUAAUUAUAAAAGUUCAGGUGGAGUCUUCAGUUUAUCAGUACUGAGCAGCAGAUCACCAUUUUCAGGGACGAUACCUGCCUCUUCUUUUUUGGUGUUCUUGGCAAAAAUUAAACCCAUUGCGUCAUUGUAACUCAUGUUUGGGUGUAGUUUCAGGAUACAGUCAUGGUAUAAACUUCCCACAUGCUUUGCUUAAAAAACAAAACCAACCAAACUCAACCAUUACACCGAACUUUGGACUUCUUGAAUUGAGCUUUAUUUUAAUAUAAAUACCUGAAGUGAUUUUCUCAGAAGUGUGCUUACGAUUAUAUUCUUAUUUGUUAUUAGAAGCAAACAAAACUGAGAAGUUUUGUAGCAUUUUCAAUUAUAUCUUAAAGUACAGCUAAACCAAAACAGAGUUGUACAAUCUAUUGAGUAAGAAAAUUCAUCUUUGGAAAGUAAACAUUUCUAAGUGAGUCAUAAGUAUUUGUAUACAUUCCCCUUUUCUCUUCAGAUUAGGAACUGAGAACAACAUGCCAGUUGCAGACUUAAUCGUUUAAAGCACCAGUGUGGCCAUGGAAAACCUCCAGUCUAAGUUCUCCUUAGUUCAGGGUUCAAAUAAAAAGCUGAACGGCAUGGAGGAUGAUGGCAGUCCUCCUGUGAAAAAAAUGAUGACCGACAUUCAUGCCAAUGGGAAAACCCUGACCAAGGUGAAGAAGGAGCACUUAGAUGACUAUGGAGAUGCAUCCGUGGAGCCGGAUGGCGAGCACGCCAAGCGAAACCGUGUUUCUCUACCUGAAACUUUAAAUUUAAACCCCAGUCUGAAACACACGCUGGCACAAUUCCACUUAAGCAGUCAGAGCUCUUUGGGUGGACCAGCAGCAUUUUCUGCUCGAUAUUCCCAGGAGAGCAUGUCACCGACUGUAUUCCUGCCUCUUCCCUCUCCUCAGGUUCUUCCCGGCCCUCUUCUCAUUCCUUCUGAUAGCUCCACAGAGCUCACUCAGACUCUUUUGGAAGGGGAGUCUAUUUCUUGUUUUCAAGUUGGAGGAGAAAAGAGACUCUGUUUGCCCCAAGUCUUAAACUCUGUCCUCCGAGAAUUUUCACUCCAGCAGAUAAACACAGUAUGUGAUGAGCUGUACAUCUAUUGUUCAAGGUGUACUUCAGACCAGCUUCAUAUCUUAAAGGUCUUAGGGAUACUCCCAUUUAAUGCUCCAUCCUGUGGGCUGAUCACGUUGACCGAUGCACAAAGACUCUGUAAUGCUUUACUGCGGCCACGAACUUUUCCUCAAAAUGGUAGCAUACUUCCUGCUAAAAGCUCUCUGGCCCAGUUGAAGGAAACUGGCAGUGCCUUUGAAGUGGAACAUGAAUGCUUGGGCAAAUGUCAGGGUCUCUUUGCGCCUCAGUUUUAUGUUCAGCCCGACGCUCCCUGUAUCCAGUGCCUGGAGUGCUGUGGAAUGUUUGCUCCCCAGACGUUCGUCAUGCAUUCGCACAGAUCCCCUGACAAGAGAACUUGCCAUUGGGGCUUUGAGUCAGCCAAGUGGCACUGUUACCUUCAUGUGAACCAAAAAUACCUAGGGACACCCGAAGAAAAGAAACUGAAGAUAAUUUUAGAAGAAAUGAAGGAGAAGUUUAGCAUGAGAAAUGGAAAGAGAAUCCAAUCAAAGACAGAUACACCAUCGGGAAUGGAAUUGCCAUCAUGGUAUCCUGUUAUAAAACAGGAAGGUGACCAUGUUCCCCAGACACAUUCAUUUUUACACCCCAGCUACUACCUGUACAUGUGUGACAAAGUGGUUGCACCGAAUGUGUCGCUCACAUCUGCUGCGUCCCAGUCUAAAGAGGCCACCAAGGCAGAGACAAGUAAGUCCACCUCCAAACAGUCAGAAAAGCCUCAUGAGAGUAGUCAGCAUCAAAAAACAGUGUCUUACCCAGACGUCUCACUUGAGGAGCAGGAGAAAAUGGAUUUAAAAACCAGUAGAGAAUUAUACAGUUGUUUAGAUUCAUCAAUCUCAAAUAAUUCUACAAGUAGAAAGAAAUCUGAGUCUGCUGUGUGCAGCUUAGUGAGAGGCACAAGCAAGCGUGAUUCAGAAGAUUCCUCUCCACUUCUGGUCAGAGAUGGUGAAGACGACAAGGGGAAGAUCAUGGAAGACGUGAUGAGAACCUAUGUAAGACAGCAGGAGAAGCUGAACUCCAUUCUGCAGAGGAAGCAGCAGCUGCAGAUGGAGGUGGAGAUGCUGAGCAGUUCAAAGGCGAUGAAGGAGCUCACUGAAGAGCAGCAGAAUCUACAGAAAGAGCUUGAGUCGUUACAGAGUGAGCAUGCUCAGAGGAUGGAGGAAUUCUAUAUUGAACAGAGAGACUUAGAGAAAAAGCUGGAGCAGGUGAUGCAGCAGAAAUGCACCUGUGACUCAACCUUGGAGAAGGACAGGGAGGCCGAGUAUGCGGCUCAGCUGGCAGAACUGAGGCAAAGACUAGACCAUGCUGAGGCCGACAGGCAGGAACUCCAAGAUGAACUCAGACAGGAGCGGGAGGCGAGACAGAAGCUGGAGAUGAUGAUAAAGGAGCUGAAGCUGCAGAUUGGCAAGUCGUCCAAGCCCUCCAAGGACUAAGAGCUGAAGAAGACACACCUGUGUGUGGUUGACAGGGCUUUGUGUUUGUCGCUUGCUUUGAAAAUUGAAUUCUAACAUCUUAUUUGCAUGAAGGUAGCUAGGCAUUCUGUUCAUUUGUAUGGCAGCAAAAGUGAAGAUUAUAUAUUAAUACAAAAUUUUCCAUUUCCAAAUGAAUGAAAAUGUAUGCUUCUUUGUACUUUUCCAGUGGGCUUGGUAAUAAUAACCUGUGUAAUUUGAGCCUGUGGUCAGUCUACCUGUAUUUCUAACAGUUGCAUACUUUCCAAAGCUGCAGUCUGUGGUGGAGAGUACCUGUGUCCAUGGUAUGCAAUAUUUCAGGCUCAGCUUAGAUACAGAGGUAAUGUUUAUGAUACAAAGCUAUUUUGUAUCCUUCUCAUUACAGACUCUUGGGAAGCCGGUUGUUAAUUUGUUCAGGUUGUAGAGUGGGUUUCUUCUGUUUCCUCCUAGAGGAAUUUGAUUGAUGGAAUGAUAGUACCACCUCCCUAACAAACAGUGUGUGUGUGUGGAGGGGAGGGGCAGCCUUUGCUGUGCCCUGAUGCUGCACACAAGAAGCAGUUGUAAUUUGUCUUUCUGUUUAAGAGUGACUAUCUCUAGAUUGUGUGUGUGAGACUUCAGAAAAUUAAAAUGAUUUCUGAACUUUUCCUGUUAACAGUGGUGUGGAAGUACUCAUUCAUGCUCACGAGGAAAAUGGAUUCCACUGAUGUACGUUGGUUCCUAUGUAACUCAUAAUCUUCUUGUACAGUUUUAUAUGUAGUCUUACAAAGGUCUUAUGAAAUUUAUAUAAUGGAUUUUUUUCUUUUAAAUUAUAAAAUACUAAAUAUCUUGAAGAUUAUUUUGGACUUUUGUAUGUUUAAAUGUUAUCUUAAAACUUGCACGAAUGGACCAUUAUGACUCUUUAAUCUUAAAAUCAGGAAUUUACAGUCAGCUAAGAAUAUGUGGUAGGUUAACAGUCCACAAUUGAAGUAUCUGCUACUAGCAGGAAUUUUAGAUGACAAAUGAAUUCCGUGAUUUGGGGAAGGGCAGCCUUUGCACUUUUCUUUGUUUUUGUUUUUUGCACAUAAAGUCUGAUGUUUUUAUCACCGAAUUUCACAUUAGCAGAUGCUUGGCUUGAAAUUUGCUAGGGAAAAUUUUCGGGGAACUUUGUAAUUUUUUGGUUUUGUUCUGUUUGGCCACCACUUUGCAGGGAUCCUCUUGCCUCUGCCCACAGUACUGGGUCGACAGGCCUGAGCUCUGCCACCACCGGCCCUGUGCAGGUUUUAGGGAUGUUUCUGAAAGCAGCCCUGGCAUUAUCUUCUGUUGCGUGUGCCCCGGGCUGUCUCAUAGCGCUACAUGCACUUGAGAUCUGUGCUUAGGAACAACUUGGAGUUUGGCUGUCACUGUCCUCCAUGCGGUAAGACAUCGGAGCCCUGGGUUAUCAUACCUGCUUAUGGUCAUACUUUGUUUCAUAAUACUUGUUUAAAAGAUACUUUUCUACUUUCCAAACGGGAGUUUGUUUUCUAAAUAUAUUGUGACCUUACUGUGGAUUUAUUCUACUCUGCUCUAUAAUUUAGUGUGGUGACUUCUGUAACCUUGGGAGAAGCACGAUAGGUGGCACAGGGACCAUGUAUGUCAUUGUAUUUAGAUCUGGAGGGAGGAAGCCACGGGCACCUGUAAAGCCGCCUUAGCUUAGUAGUCAGUCCAUUGUACCCCAGCUUGGCUGCGUGGGAGGCACACUCAAGGACUCGCACCAUUUAUUUUUCUGACAGACUCAGAAGUGUUCUGCUUGGGUGCUGCUUAUAAGUGUGAUUCUUCUAGUCUUGAAACUUGCCUCGUGACAUUGUUGAGCGGUAGUCUUCACUUUCCAGAAGAUGAAAUGAUGUGCCAUCGUUUUCUGUCUAAACUUCCUUACAAUUUUUAAUCAACUGUAAAUAGCAUAUCUACUGCUGUUGAAAGUAACUUUAAUUUACAUUGCAUCAUAUAGCUUGAAAACCACCUUUGACAUUCUGUAAUACCCCACAAGUGACCUCUGCUAAAAUAUCCAGAUGAAGCUUACUUCGUGCAUGCUCAUUCUGUGUGCUGGUUGCUCUCGUAAGGUUGGCUUUGGUGUGAGGUCUCGUGUGCUAUGCCAAGUUCACUAGGCAAGCAGAUUUUCCUUCAGAGUCCAUACUCUGUUUAGGGAGGAAUGAGACCAUUUAUUCUGAGAAACUAUGUUUAGGAGUGGAAGAAACACAGCGUUAGCUUUCAUACUGAGCAAAGACUGACGUUGCUAUGGGUGGUCUCUCUCUGUGGUCCAGACUGAGGGCUUUGCACCAAGUACUUAAGUGUGGAAGCUCCUGUGCCAUCAAGGAGGAGUUUAAACAAACCACCUGCCAAUCACAGCUGAGACUGAGCACCGAAAGAUUCUACCAACUUAGGUUUGGCUCGGGCUUUAACAGUUUUGAAGUAUAGUCUUUAGCUUGAAUCUCUUGUGUUUUUUGAAGAUAAGGAUGUUUUAUGCUUCUUGAGCUAAUUUUAUAACAUAUUUAAUAUAUAACCUGUUUAUAUGUAAAAUCUUUUGUACAGGGGUGGGAAGGAGUAAUGAAAAACCUGAUUUGUACAUAGUGAAGUUUAUGUGCAGACCGAAGUCAGUGAACCAGUAACUGAGGUGUUUGCAGGCUCUCCACAUCCUUCAGAGUCCGUGAAGCGCCCAGUCUGUGUGUCUCUGGUUCCUGUCUGCAGAAAAGCAAAAUGAAAAGGAAGCACAAGUAAUAGGAACUGUGCCCGAGGUAUUUCCCUAGCAGGAGCUGCAAAGCUGGUCCUGGGGGUCUGCAUCCCCUCUGGAAGGCCUGCCCCACAUGCCGUGCUCUGAGUGAGGAGGGAAGGAUGUGUGUUUUUGUUUGUUAUGCAUUUACUCUUUAGGGCAGGACGUUACAAACUGAUGGUAAAUUGUGUUCAUGCUAUGUACAUGUGCUCCUGAACUUGGAUCUACUUGUUAAUGGUUCCAUGGAAGCAAUCAGCAGUGUGUGACAUGAACUGCUGCAUUAUGUAUUUACUUGUGGAACUGAGAUAUGUAAACAGAGCUUACCUUUUUUUUUUUUUUUUUUUUUUCUAGUGUAAAAUACUUAAGCAUUUCCACUAUUGGAAGAAAAAACAUAUAUGGACAUUUUGUAUUGUAUCUUGUUUAAAAGGACAGUCUUUUUUAAUCUUCCCACUUAAAUGGCUUUUAAAAUAUAUAAUACAAUUUGAAGCUUGUUUAGAAAUAGGAUUAAAUGUCUUAUAUAGUGCUACAGUUUUGGAAUUAGAAAGUGAUCAACUAUAAAACAUUUUAAAAUUAAGCCCAGAAAACAAAAUAGUGUUUAAAGUUAGUUUAGUAUAAAAGAAAUUUAUAAGAUUUUUUUCUUCAAUAUAAGAUACCUCACUUGAGAAUAAAGAAAGCACAGCACAUUUAAAGUAAUUCUCAUGAAAACCCCAUUAAAAUAAUUGCUAAACCUAGGACAUCUUUUGAGUUGUUAGAGUUUGGGAUAAAUGUAGUCACCAUUAGUUUCUCUGCUGGAAGGACUUACCUUGGUAAUUUUAAGGCAGUGUAAUAGUUCAAUUAUUCCUCAGUUUCUAACCUGUGAAGGCAGUAAGUGAAUGGUCCCUUCUGCAACUACUGAAACAAAUUAGCUACAUUGAGCAUAAUUGAUAAUUUUGCCAAUGCAUAUAGUUUUAUGAUUAAAAUUGCUGUGGUUGGUUGCAUUACAUGACACACAAAACUGUCCUCUACCUCACGUGAAAUAAAUAUUUUAUAUGGUUUUACUAAAAAAAAAAGACUCAUCUAUCUGGUUACUUAGUUUACAAAUUUUGGAUUAUAUUUAUUGAAACAUGACAUACUGUGCUCUUGGCUUAUACCUCAAUUGUAUUUUGAGAUGUUUGCCAUUUUCAUGCCUUGUACAUAACUUGUAUAGAUUGGAUGAUAUUCCCAAUAAAAACUUUUAAUGCCAAUGAAGUUUGGUUCAAGUCA